GAAGAAGACUCCGAACGCAGUAGGGGUUGGACCAAAGUCUACAACCAAUCAAAACCUUCCAUCAGUUUGAACGAGAAGCGCUUCGCCAACCUUAUUAGUGUUAUCCACUGUUCUUAGCACACUUUUAAAAUUUUAACAUUCAGAUGGCAACUUUACUUAUUGGCGAAUGACAUAUUCAUUGAAAUAGUCGCCGGUCAUUUAAGUUUACCUUUGGGGAAUAAAAAGAAAACCAAAAACACAAGAUGAGUGUGUUUGGUCAAAGUAAACCGGUGUAUCUGAAGACCUAUGGCAAACAGAAGCACAGAGUGGAACAAUGGUUCUCUCCCGACCUGAGAAAGAAAGCGUUCUCCUUCUCCAGUACACCAUCAUCUGAUCAGUCUAUCCCAGAGCUCACUUCCAAGAAACGAAAGAACAACAAAAAAAGCACAGCUUCAACCAGUUCCAAGACUUUGCGCAUGGCAAAGCAGAAAGCUAUGAAAGCCUUGAAAGAACUGGAGAGUGAGGAAAGUAUUUUUAUUCCAGGAACAGCUCCCAGGAGGAAACCAAGCACCAAACUAAUUAAGAAGACUGCAGUCACAAGCACAUCACCCGGCAGUGGGUUCACAUCCAGCAAGGAGGAACAAGCCAGUCAGUACACAAUGAAGAUGAGAAAAAAACAGCCAGUUCUCAGCAACAGUGAGAAUGAGAGUGACUCGUUUGUCACAAAGAAUAAAUGUUCAAAUGCCUUUAGGCAGAAUGCUUCUUCAAAGUUCAAACAUAUAAAGCAAGAAUCAGUUGGUCUGCCCCAUGUGGACAGAUUCGUCACACAGCGCAAGAGAGUGCUCCGCAAGCGCACUUUUGAACAGAGUCUUGGAAUUUCCAGCAACACCUUGAAUACAUCAAAAGACUUUAUUUGUGGUGUUCCUUCAUUUUCUCAUUAUGUGACAAAUCGCAAAAAGCCCACCACUCAGCAGGAGUCAGAAACUAAGCCAUCUGUAGUGUUUCACAGUGGCACACACCGUCAUUCAGGCACAGUUUUAUGUGAAGUCUCAUUUAACGAUGUUGACGAGCGGUUGAUGUCCUGUAAACGCCCACUGCUGUGCAGUACACCAUCCCUGGUUUCUAAACGGAGCCUACACUGCCUUGAGCCCUCUAUCAGUGAGAUCUCAUCCUUUAGCUGUGAUGAGUUGGACAAGCCUCCUCCAAUAAAUGGAAGCACAGCCAAUGGUCUAAUGAGCAAACCAUGGAAACAUGGCACGCUGCAGAAGAUCAAACAAUGUGCAAAGCACACCCCAAAUAUUGAGACAGCGCAACAGAUAGAGGAGCAUGCAAAGUGUGCAAAUGCGCAAUCACAGCUGAGACUGGAGAAACGUCAGACACGCUCAAGUAUUGAAUUUGUGUCCGCUCAGCCACAUCUGAAGCAGUUGAAAGAGAGGGCUGUCGUCAUGCUGGAGGAGCUAGACCAAAGUGAUGAUAGGAAACAAGAGGUAGAGAAAACAUGUUCUCCCAGAAUGGAGGCAGGUCCUGCCACUUCAGUGACUGCUAUACCAAGCUGCCAUGGCAAGCAAACCUGUCACAUGUCUUCAGAUUAUGCCAUGUCUGACGCCAGUACCCAAGCUCUCCAUCUAACCUCUUCACUCAGCCCAUCUUCCUUUUUAUCUGUUUCUUCUCUUUCUGCAUCUCCAACUCAUGAGCUCAGCAGUUCACUCCAAAUGCAGAUUGAUCGUCUUAAGGUAGAGUGCCUGUCCUCUUGCCUCACUGUCUGCCUCCAGCGUCUGAACCUGAACGCCAUCUGCCAGGCCCAUCAGGAGGUAAUAGAGACCCAUAAGGCCCAGGUUGCCUCUCCACUUUCUUUACAUACCAAAAGAGGCCAAAAUGCCAGGAACUUGAAGAAUUGUCCCUGCUCGGACACUGAAUCAGCAGAGCAAUCAUCUGGUAGUGAAGUGCAGACUGGGGGGCUAGUUAGACGGCUGUCUGCCUCAUUAAUGCUAUCUGCCAUCUCCCCUGCACCUAUUACAGCUCCCAGUAAAAUGCCAGUGGCAAAAGAACAUAAUGGUCUUUGUACCAGCCGUAAAGUAUGUGUGAGCGGCCUGAAUUCUAGCCGGUGGUCAAAGAGAGGUAUGGGUGAGCAAAACAGAAAGCAGAGGCAGAAUGAAACUAGGACUAAACCAGGAGACUGCUCAUCCAAUGACCUGCUGCCCACUGGAGCUGAUUCAUAUAUGGGGGAAUCUGCUUGUGGCUGGCUACAGAGCAGCAGAGUGGGUGGAUUGCCUAAGACCCCUCUCCGUGUAGAACUUCUGAACCUUUCCUCCUUUCUGACCAGCUUCACUCCAGACUCACUCACAACACACACCUGGGGGCGCCUCAAAGCUGCACUGUCCAUACACAAGAAGAAGACAGCAUUUACAACUCCUCAACGGCUGGCUCUAUCCAGUAUCAAGCAUCCAGGGCUGGUGGACACCAGUCUAGAGCUGUUUGGCACCCCAGUAUCUAAUCAAGCUUCUUCUCACCUGCCCCGGUCCAGCAUAACCAAUACCUCCAUGAUUUCUUGUAAUGAAGACAUCAGUGAUGCUGAGAAAGUGUAUCAGGAGUGUCAGCAGGAAAGCCCCCUUUUCUUUGAUGAUUGCAUUCCUCCAGAAUGCAUGGAACACUGCAUUAAGAUUGGAGAGGGCACAUUUGGAGAGGUGUUCUCAAUGGUCAACGAUGCCAGUCAGACCGUGGCUCUUAAAAUUAUUCCAGUGGAAGGCCAUCAGAAAGUCAAUGGUGAACCACAGAAAACAUUUGGUGAAGUUCUUCAUGAAAUUAUUAUUUCCAAGGAGCUAAGUGCACUCAACUCCAGGGAGCACAACAGAACAAAUGGUUUCAUCGGCCUCAUUAAUCUUCACUGUGUGCGUGGGUGCUAUCCCAGUGCUCUGCUCAAAGCGUGGGACAAGUUUGACCAAGAAAAGGGAUCUGAGAAUGACAGACCUGAUUUCUUUGGUAAGGAGCAGCUCUUUCUGAUCCUGGAGUUUGAGUUUGGAGGCAGUGAUUUGGAGAAUAUGAAUGGAAAGCUCACAUCUAUGGCCCAAGCUAAAAGUGUGCUGCACCAGGUUACUGCUGCACUGGCUGUUGCUGAAGAGGCACUUUGCUUCGAACACAGAGACCUGCAUUGGGGAAAUAUUCUGGUGAAAAAUACUAAACAGAAGUUUAAUCAGUUUAUUCUGAAUGGCUCAGUACACUCCAUAGAGGCACGAGGAGUUCAUGUUAACAUUAUAGACUAUUCACUCUCACGUCUUGAGAUUGAUGGCCUAACAGUGUCCUGUGAUAUAGCAAAUGAAGAAGAGUUAUUCAUGGGCCAGGGUGACUAUCAGUUUGAAAUCUACCGUCUGAUGAAGAAAGAGAACAAUAACUGCUGGGCAGACUAUAACCCUCACUCCAACGUACUGUGGCUACACUAUCUGGCAGAUAAGCUUUUGACUGUGAAGUACAGGAACAAACCGCAGACCAGCCAGCAGAAGGCCUUGAAGAGCAGCCUCAAGUCCUUUCACUCCGAGAUACUCAAUUACAAUUCAGCCAAAGAUGUCCUCUUGCACUCUACUCUAUUUCAGUGACCACCAACUUGUGCUGAUUUGUUUUUAAUCAGUGCUGUCGGGCCUGUUUACAUUGUUUACAUUGUAAACUGAUGCAAUUAUUUGUAAAAAGAUUUGAAUAGCAAAUAAAGAAAAGGUUUCAUUUCUCAAAAUAAUUUGUAUACAUUAUAAUGGGGAACAUAGUGCAAAACAGAAAUGCAGUAGCAUGAUACACAGGACUAAAUAAAGUGCAAAUACUUGAGCGUGAGACAAGAGCAAAAUGUACAAUUAAUACGCAGGACAGUGCAUACUAACUAAAUAAAAUGGAAGAAACCAGUGCAAACAGUUGUCUGUAAACUGUAGAUUCUACCAUAUCAUGCAAUUGGGUACAAAAAGGAGAAAAGUGCUGCAGCAAGUAAAAAGUUUCCUCCAGUGUCCAGGAAACUUCAGGUAUGCAUACAACUGAUGAGUGUAUAAUGCAAGAUUUAAGAGUAUGUCAUAUGUACAGGAAUUCUUACUGUCUUAAGAAAUUCCAUGUCCUGUUCUGCGAAUCUUUCCAGCAACCUCUGACAUACUUUAAACAGGACGUACAGAAAACACAAAAACAUAAAUUACAAAUAGUGCAAAAAAGUGUAAGAGAAAGUGUAUACAUGCAUUGUAAACAUGAGCCGUUCAUGUGCAAUACAAAGUGUAUAUGUGCAACAUAAACAUGUGAAAAGGCCUCCAGAGGUAGGCUGAGCAGUGGUCCAUGGUGAUGUUCUCAUUUGUAAAUAUGUGUGUGGGAUAAGGCAGGGUGUGGUAAAGCCCAAGAUCAGAGGGCGAACUGUCUGCUGUGUUGGGGGGACGGGUAGUGGAUGAGAUUCAUUCACAAGCCUGAUGGCCUGUGGAUAAAAAAAAUUUCAGACUUGUUCUUGCUUUUGCACUUUUGUAGUAUCUGCCUGUUCACACAGGCUUGUGAAUGGUAGGAGUGUGAAUAGGCUGUGUUGGGGAUGGCUAUUGUCCUUAAUGAGGAUGUGGGCCCUCCUGAUGACCCUGGCCUGGUAGAGGCUUUCCAGUGUUGGUAAGGCUGUUCCCUUACCAAGAGAUGGUUUGGGCAGCUCUCAUCAGAGGAUAUUCACCCAGCUUUUUUACUUUAUAGCAAACAAACAAAUUGCAAAUAUGACACAAAAAAGGUUUUGUCCAAUAGCUUAACAUUAUGGCUUUGUGAAACAUACAUUAAAAAAAAAAUUUUUUUUUAUUAAUGGCAUGUCUUUUUCCAAAUCAAGUAGAGGAAAAAAGUAUGGAAUCACUCAAUGUUGAGGAAAAAAUUAUGGAAUCAUCUUUUAAUUUCCAUUUCUAAAACAAAUACUGGGACAAGUCUAAAAUGGCAAGACUAUAGAGAACUUUAAAAAUGCCCUCUGUUUGCUAAAUGAUAAGUGAAAUACCUAUCUGCAUGUAGGACAUGGGACAUACUCUGCAAUUGAUUUGACCCUAUGUGAACCUGAAUUAUUGCUUGACAUCUCCUGGCAAAGAUGGGAAGAACUAUGUGGGAGCAAUUGCUUCAGACAGGCAACAGACAGGCAACAAAGAGCACAAAGAUGGCAGCUUAAAAAAAAGCUAACUGGCCUUAAUUUCAGACCCUUUGCCAGGAGAAAAUUAAGAUAGAGCCUCAGUAUAUCCAGGACCCAAUAAGGUCGUUCACUGAUAAUCUAAUAUCAGUCACAGGUGACGUUAUCCCAAAGACAUCAGGAAAACCAAAUCGAAGAUGUAAUCUUUGGUUUGAUGAAAACUGUAAAACGGCUGUUGAGGCCUGUAAAAAAGCAGAAAGGAUUUUUAACCGACACCCAACAACAGAGAAUCUAACCAAGUUCAAAAUAUGUAGAGUACAGACCUGAAGAGUCAUCAGUGCAACAAAGAAACAAAGUUGUAUUCAAUUGGUAUCAAGCCUAACACUAAAUACACCAGCAAAGAAGGUUUGGGGUAUGAUGCUCCAGAUGAAGGGCAAAGUAAGCAGAUCAAAAAUGCCUCAAACAUCAAGGUAUUCACCAGAAAACAUGAAAUAGCAAACAAGCGAGCAGAGACAUUCAAAAAGAACUCCUCAACACAAAACUCCCCCGCACAAUAUACAGUAUGUACAGCAAGAAAAGAAACAACUUGAGUUCUACUCAGACAAUACAGAACAAUAUAACCAGCCCUUCUCAAUGACAGAACUCAUGAACGCCAUAAAGAAGUCCCAUGAUACUGCCACUGGGCCAGACAAGAUUCACUAUCAGUUUAUAAAGCAACUUCCCUAUAGUGCUCUGUCUAUGCUUCUUAAAAACUUACAUGUAGUCUGGACAUCAGGACAGCCUCCUGGCUAGAAGCAGUAAUCAUACCCAUACCUAAACCAGGCAGGGACCACAAUGACCCCAACAGUUGCUGCCCUAUAGCCCUGACUAGUUGUCUUUGUAAAACCAUGUGGAGGAUGGUUUAUAAUCAUCUUGUCUGGAAGCUAGAAACUGACAAUCAAAUAAGUAGACUUCAGUGUGGUUUUAGACAGGGUAAGAGCACACUUGAUCACCUUGUUAGACUGGAAUCUUUGUUAAAAAAAAGAACAUUCUGUUGCUGUUGUUUUUUUAUCUAGAGAAAGCAUAUGACGCAACAUGGAAGUAUGGCAUUUUAAAAGACUUGCACCAAAUGGGUUUUAGGGGGUGUCUGCCCAUUUUACGCUCCAAUUUUUUAUCCUGUACACAUUUUAAAUUCAGGGUAGGCUCUACCAUAUCAAACUUACACACAUGAAAACUGGGAGUACCUCAGGAAGCACUCUUUUUCAUUUUAGUAUUAAAAUCAACAGUAUUGUGAAUGUGAUUGAGUCUAAUAUAUUGCACAGACUUUAUGUUAACAAUCUCUGUAUUUGCUGCAAGGGAAAAAAUAUGAAUACCAUUGAACAACAACUACAACUAUGCAUAAAUAAAACCCCUGUGUAGUCAGUCAAUAAUGGGUUCAACUUUCCUAAAACAAAAACUAUCUGUACACACUUCUGCCUACUGCAAUCUCUACAUCAUGAGCCAGAGUUGUACAUACUUGGAGAUUAGUCUUCCAGUCUUCAACUGGACAGUUUUGGUGAGUUUGUGCUCACAAACCAUCAAACUUUGAGAAGGAUGGGCUACAACAGCAGAUGACCACAUCAGGUUCCACUCCUGUCAGCCAAGAACAAGAAUCUGAGAUUAUCAUGGGCACACACUCUCAGUCUUCGAGAUUAGUCUUCCAGUCUUCAACUGUCCAGUUUCUGUGAGUCUGUGCAUGAUGUGGACUUCUGCUGUUGUAGCUCACCCACAACAAGGUUUGAUGUGUUGUACAUUUGAGAUGCUUUUCUGCUUACCACGGUUGUAACAAGUGCUUAUUUGGGCAUUCAAUGUGUCAUUGACUACAGGCAGAAAUAUCACCUCACAUGUAUGAGUGACACCUCUCUACCAGCCACACUGAAUGAAUUCUAUGCAUGAUUUGAAGCAACUAACUCCAGGAAGAUGAUCAAGUCUACCCCUCCACCAGGUGCUGUCUGUUUCUACAAGUGAUGUUUGGAGGACCCUCCUCAGGGUGAACCCACACAAAGCCAGCAGACUAGUUGGUAUCUCAAGUUGCGUACUCAAGGUAUGUGCCCACCAACUAGCAGAUAUUUUUCUGGACAUCUUCAACAUUUCCCUUGAGCAGGCAGUCAUCCCUGUGUGCUUUAAAUCUGUCUCAUCACCCUGGUGCCUAAGAGGUCUACAGUGUCUUGCCUCAAUGACUACCACCUGUCACAUUCACCCCUGUGGUCAUGAAGUGUUUUGAAAUACUGGUCAUGGCUCACCUCAAAGCACUCAUCCCACCCACACUGGACCCUCAACAAUAUGCAUACAGACAUAAUUGCUCCAUAGGUGAUGCAUUCACAAUUCACCUGGCCCUCUCACACUUGGAAAACAAAGACAAGCAUCCCACAGACACUUAUUGAAAAACUGUCAGCACUUGGACUAAGCACAUCAGUGUGCAAUUGGAUACUUGACUUCCUGAGCAACAGACCACAGGUUGUAAGCAUCAACACACAGACCUCUCAACCCACAGGGCUGUGGACUGAGUCCACUGUUAUACACCCUGCAGAUUCUUGACUGCAUUGGAAAACACAGUUGUGGGGCUCAUCAGCAACAAUGAUGAGACAGCAUAUAGGGAUGAAGUGAACCAACUCAUAGCCUGGUAUGAUUCCAACAAUCUCUCCCUGAAUGUUAACAGGACAAAAUAAUUGUUGACUUCAGAUGCACCAAGGCCAUUAUUCAUCAAUGGCACAGAAGUUGAAACAAUGCAGAACUUAAAAUUUCUGGGCCUGUAUGUCUCCAAAUAUGGUCACUGAACACCUCCUCCUUAGUAAAGAAGGCCUAACAGAACCUGUAUUAUCUAAGGAGGCUGAAGAGAGCUGGCAUGCCCUGCUCCAUCCUCACUGGUUUCUACAGAUGUCAUUAAGAGUGGACUCACCAGCUGUAACACUGUCUGGUAUGGAAACUGCUCAGCAUCUUACAGGAAAGCCCUGCAGUGGGUAGUGAAGAUGGCACAGCACAUCACUGAUGCCUACCUUCCUGGCAAUGAGGACAUUGACAUCACAAGGAGUGUGAGGAAGGCAACUUCCAUCUGGAAAGAACCCUCUCAUCCAUCCUACAACUGGUUUAAGCACCUCCCCAUCAGGGAAGAGGCAAAGAAGUAUUUAGGCCAGAGCGUCCAGACUCAGGAACAGUUUUCCCCACAAGCAGUCAAACUUCUGAACAGCCAUGUCUAACUGUGAACACCCCCUCCACCUCAUAUUUAUUGUCUGUAUUUACUGUCUUUUAGUCCUUGUCAAUGUCUACUACAUUUUGCAUGGUAGUUUCCUGAAGUUACUGUGUUUUGUUUUUAUUCAUUGCCAUGUAAUGUGCUAAAAAGACAAUAAAUAUGACUUUGACUCAUAUGUAUUGCGGUGGUAAUUGGAUAAUCCAUAGAUCUAUUUUGGCGGUUGGCAAAUGAAAGUAGGUCUAGUGUAGUUGGGAGCAUGGAGCAGAUCUUGUCUUUGAUGUAUCUCCCGAAGCACUUACUGAUGAUGGGAGUAAGAGUCAGGGCAAAUCACAAUGCAGCUCUGGUUUUAAAAUCCGUUAUGGUCUGCAAUCCUUGCCACAGGCUCCGUGCAUUACAGGUGUUGAACUGAGCUUCCACUUUGUCUCUGUAUGCAAACAUGGCUGUUUUGAUGGUCUUGCAGUUAACUGGCUGAUGGUCUUGAAUAUAACUGAAUUCCUCUCCAUUCCCAGAGACAAAA